UCAAGGAACAGCAGCUACCAUGAGGGCAUUCAUGAUCCUGGCGCUCGCCGCGACGGCGAUGGCGCGGCCGGAAGCCGGAUACUCUUAUAGCCAGCCAAGCAGUAGCUAUGGCGCUCCUUCCGGUGGAUUUCCGCUCGCCGGUGGAGUUGGUGGUAUUAGUGGCAUCGGUGGUUUCGGCGGCGGCGGAGUCGGUGGUUUCGGCGGUGGUCCAAGUGUCGGCGGUGGCACCGGAGGUAUCGAUGGUAUCCAGGGCAUUUCCUCGUUCGGCGGUGGAGGUGGCGGAGGUGGAAUUGCUAGCAUUGGCGGCGGUGUCGGCGGUGGAGAUGGUAUCUCUGGUGCAUUCGGCGGCGGUGGCGGUGGAUUCGGAGGUGGCUCGCUCAUUCAAAAACACAUCUACGUUCACGUACCGCCUCCAGAGGCUCCCGAGGCAAGACCGGCUAGGCCCAUAAGCGGAGGAUAUCAGGCACAAAAGCACUAUAAGAUCAUCUUCAUCAAGGCACCUACUCCACCAACCCCGACCGCUCCGAUAAUUCCAGUGCAGCAGCAGGAUGAGCAGAAAACGCUCAUCUACGUUUUGGUCAAGAAACCCGAAGAGGCGCCCGAGAUCAACCUGCCCACCAUCACGCCCACUCAACCCAGCAAACCGGAAGUCUACUUUAUCAAAUACAAGACUCAGAAGGAAGUCACCGGUGGAGGUGGUGGUGGUGGCAUCGGUCACGGAAUUGGUGGCGGUGUCGGCGGGUUGCAUCACUGAUUCGGCGGCGGUGUCGGCGGCGGUGUCGGUGGCGGUAUCGGUGGCGGUAUCGGUGGCGGUAUCGUUGGCACCGGACCAAGUGGACCCAGCACGAGUUACGGGGCACCCGGUGGAUCCGGGCCAUACUAGUCAAUUCACCGCUACCCCCGUCGUGGCCCCUCCGUCCUACCCUCCUGUUCAUCAACACACACGCACACACCGCUCACAUACCUCUAACAUGAUCAGCGACGAUAAUACUUACCGUAUUGACGUAUUGCUGUAUUAUAUGCGCGA